GGGCAGACCGGACACCCCGGGUAGACGAGAAACCUGCGGGGAGAUCGGGGCGGAGCGCGGGGUGGCCCCGGUGCCCCGAGGCGAUGGCCGAGGACCGAGAUGUUCGAUUUGUCACCGAGGAGAGCUUCGACUUCAGCUUGCUGUCCCCAUCUGACAGCCAGGAGGAAGAGGAGGCUGAGGAUAGCCCGGGCGGGGAUUGCAGGCACGGGGACGGCAACGGGCGCUGGAGUCCCCUGCGCGGGGCCCGUCUGGAAGAGAUGGUGCGAGAGGCCACGCGCCUGGCGGCACAGUUGGAGGGGUGUCACCUGUCUCCUCCCGACCCCAGAGACCCCCCGGGACCCGCCGCCACGCCCCCCGGCACUCCCCGCAGCCCCCGCCGCCAGACCUUCGUGGUGAAGGACAGUCCGGUGCGAGCGCUUCUGCCCAUAGUGGAGUCUCAGGGACCUGCCUCCUUCUCCCAUCUCCCUGCCAAGCCCCAGGGGGCCUCUGCCGCCACCAGUGUCCCCAGGGCACCCCCCAGCCGUAAUUCCACAGCAGUGGCGAAGGCACCCUCCGGAGGCAGGAGGCUCCCCGCCAGCCGUGUGGGCCUCCCCCGGCUGUGCCCUCCCCAGGGGCAGGAAGCUGGUGCCCGGGGCAGGUCAGAGCCCCCCCGGGGCGGGGCAGCAGGCCAGCCGAAGGCAAGGGGGGUCACAGUCCCCUGCCCCGCCCACACCCGCCAACCUCACACCAGGACCACCACCACCCCUGUCCCCUCCGGCUGUUCCCCAGCACCCACUGCCCUCCCCAAGGUGUCCCCUCGGAGUCCAGCAGCGGGUGGGAGGACCCCCAUCCCAAGAGGAACAGGGGCAGCACGGGCAGUCCCCCUAACUGCUGCCUCGGGGUGCAAACCAGGAUCCCCCCCUGCCCGCCUGCGGCCCCCCCGCAAGACGGCAGUGACCCCGAGGUGACAGCCCCCAAACCACCCCAUACCCACCCAGAGGCCCUGGGGGCACCCGGACUCCACCUGGGGUACCUAGUCUGGGGGGAGCAAAGCCAAGGCCACCCCACAGAUGAGCUGAGGCAUCCACAGUGUUUUGGAAGGAGGCAGGCAGCACCAGGGGCCCCCAGGAAGCACCAAGGCACCCCUUGGGUUGUCACGUUGCGGGGCAGAACUGGAAUCCCCAGGGACCAGCUGAGGCUGGGGUGGCAGAGCCACCCAAGGAUGAGCCGAGGCACUCAUUGGGUUUUGCUUUAAUUACAAAAGGUCCCACCAACAGUAGGAAAUCUCCCAUGUCCCCCAGCACCCAGUUCCUCACCCCUCAACACCCAUCCCUGGGUUCCCCCACCUGAGCUUCACCACUGGGCACGGGGGGGUCCCAGACAUCCCUUUAAACCCCAACUGAUCCCCCUCCACAUGCCCCCCUACCUGGGGGAGUUGGCACCAUGGGACAGGUGGCACAUUUGGGGGGGCAUUGGCACCUUGGGGGGGCCCGGGGGUUGUCACAAUGGGGGAAGUUAGUUGUAAAUUCCUUUUUUUUUGUAUUUUCAUGUAUUUUUUAAAUAAAACACUCUACUGGGCAAAGGGGCUGGGGCUGAUCAUGGCAGGGGGCAACCGGAGCACCCAGUGCCACCUCUUCAAGGUGCCAAUUCCUAA